AUGUUUGGUUUAGUUCUUCUAUUUUCUUUGGCUGGUGCUGUUGGCAGAAAGCAUGGCCGUCAAGAGACAACAGAAGAUAACAUUGAGUAUCUUGAAGAAGACCAAGGCUUUCUUGAUGAAAAUAUGGGAGAUGAAAAUCCAAAUCAAGAGCCAGAAACAGUUUCAACAUUAGCAGAUCGUUAUUUAAAGAAUUUCGAUAAAUUAGAGACACAAGGCCAGAAAUAUCAAGCAAUUAUUUGGGCUUUAACAGAACUUGCUUCUUUGAUCGAUAGUGCAGCUACACGCUAUGAAAUUGAAUACGAAAUUGGUGGACAUCUUCAUACUGUUCUCAACAGUGUUGAUGUUCGUGAUCGCGAAAUGAAGAAGCAAUUCAAAGAACUUCAGACCGAAGUCGAUCAAUUAAAGUCUGAUAUCGACAAGCUCGUAAACGAUACACGCACAGAGUUACAGACAUCAAUGAAGAACGUUAGAAAGGAUAUUAUUAAGUCCUUACGCGAUAUUGUUGCUAAUUCAAUCGAAAGCAACCAUAACGUCGCCCAGAAGGUCCAAAAGAAGGUCGAAAAGAGUGUAGAGCAGUACAAGAAGACAACAACUACUCAGGCUGUCUCUUACUUCGUCGGCUUCCAGGUCCUUCUCUUCCUUUGUGUUUACUUCUACAGCAAAUAUAUCCAACAGGUUCGUAUUGGCUAA